UCACUACACUUUCCUGAAAAAAAUGAUUUUGUUAAAGAUAAAAAAAGUCGUUCCCGAACUUAACUCCAGAAAUUAUUCCAAAUCCUAACUCGUGUCUCCUAACUCAAUCGCCAUCGGCUUGUUCUUGGAGACAAUCAGAUCGAUUCCAUAGAGUUAGGGUUCCCUGCUUUGCCAGAUACGAUAUGUUUGUCUCUCCUCUAAAUUUUGGGAAUCCCGUUUGCAUAUUAACUUAGGGUUUUAUGAGAGCGAUCCAUGACUAUGAGAUUCAACAUCAACAUCCGUUUUUGAAUGAACAGCUUACGGAUGAGAUGGCAGCUACCACCAGAAAAUGCCGGAAUCUUGCAAUCUCUAUCCAUUCCGACCUCCAUUUCCACCACCUCCACCGCCGGUAUUUCUUGAACAACGGCCCAGACACAGUGGAGGAGCUACUCGAUCGACAUGUAGUCAAGAAACAAAAAAAUCACAACGAUGAUGAAGAAGACGAGAGAUUGAUCAGACAAAGACUUACCACCACCCGUAGAGAGGUACUGGGUCUUUAUCGUGACAUAAUUCGAGCAACUCGGUUCUUUAUGUGGUCAGAUUCACAUGGAGUUAUGUGGCGUGAUGUUCUUAGAGCAAAUGCACGAAAGGAAUUUGAAGAAGCUCGAUUCGAGAAAGAUCCAGAAGUUAUUACUCGGUUGCUUAUUGGUGGACAUGAUGCUGUUCAAGCUGCUCUUGAUAAACUUGUUGAAAAGCAAAAGGCACAGAUUGCUAAGGAAAAAGCAGAUCAUGAACGCAGAUAAAAUAGGUAAAGAUUUUAAAUUCUAAAUUCUUGUAUGAAUAGUGUAUUAGAUGUUUAGCUUUCUUAGUUUUUGGUGAGUUUUGUUUUGUGGAAUGGAUUCAGAACACAAGCAAAUAUGAAAUAAAGAAAUUGCAAGAAUUAUCAUGCUUGCAUUUCUUUACUGAUAAACUUGUAACAUAUACUUUGUUUUUUUACAUAUAAUAGCAAUGUAUAUACGUUUCCUUACAA